AUGGAUUCAGAAACAACCGCCUCUUCCAGCGAUUCCAAUACGACGUCGGCCACAAACCUACAAUCGCCGCCGCCGCCGCCUCCUCCUCCUCUACCACCGCCGCUGCCUCGGCCUCCGGUUCCAUUUCAGCAACCGCGAUUGUCUUUGGACUGGAUGGGUGAAGAAUUGCUGAAAGAGCAGAAAGUCCCCUUUCCUCUCUCGAAGCGUAUUAGGCAAAGAAAGUCGGAUACCUGUGUUAUCUCGCUCGUGGUUAUGCUUCUUUUGGUGGUGUUUGUUGCUACCAUGGCUGUCAACAACUGCUGGCGCAAGUCUCACCGGCAAUGUGCCUUGAGAAACCUCGGAAGGUUUUCCUUCCAGCCUCUUUCUGAAAAUCCUCUUCUUGGCCCGUCCGCUUCUACACUUGACAGUAUGGGAGCUCUUAAACAAACUCUUUUAGUGGAGCGCCAUCAAUUCUUGCGUCUUUUUGCAAGCCCAUGGCUCCAUGCAGGGGUUUUCCACCUCAUUCUCAACCUUUUCAGCCUUGUCUUUGUUGGAAUCAAGCUAGAACAAGAGUUUGGCCCAUGCAGGGUUGGCAUCAUCUAUUUGAUAUCAGCUAUUACUGGUAGUCUGGUUGCUGCACUUUUUCUCUCUCAUAGGCCAUCAGUUACUUCAUCUUCAGCAUUAUUUGGACUGCUUGGCACAACACUAUCUGGUCUUAUCUGGAACUGGAAAGUUUACACACAAAAGUUUAAUGCUCUGUUGAUGUUUCUGCUCAUCCUGACAAUGAAUUUUAUCCUUGGGUUAGCACCAUAUGUGAACAACUUUUCAAACAUUGGAGGGUUCUUAUCGGGUUUUCUUCUUGGGUUUGUACUUCUUCACAAGCCUCUCAUCGGGAAAGCAACUCAAAGUAAAGGAGGAUUAUUUGAGUAUAAUGUUAAAUUUGCUGUCAGAAUGAAGCAAAAGUUUGAUAAGCCUCUUAUCAGGAGUGCUUUCCUGAUUAUCCUCAGUCUUCUACUUGCAGGACUAACUGUAGCAGUCAUUCGUGGUAUAAAUAUGUACAAGUACUGCGGCUGGUGUCACUAUAUUGAUUGUCUUCCAUUAAAGUGGUGGAGCUGCAAUGUGAAAGAAAUGCAUUGCGAGUCCUUGGUGAGCGCGGAGCUAUUGACCUUGACUUGUUCCAGUAACGGCAAAUUCAGAAUUUUUCCUUUCACCAGCGUCUCACAAUCGAGAUUGGAAGACCUCUGCUAUCUGAUAUGCUCCUAG